AUCAUCAUCCUAUCAACCCAAUCUUAAAAAUAAUUAGUGUGUGAUCGAAUUUUCUCAAAAAAAGAAAGAAAAAAAAAUUGAAAAGAAAUUGAAAAUGGCAAGUGGGAAAUCUUUGGGUAUUAGUGUUACAAUGUUGGCUUUUGGAAUAGUAUUAUUGGCAAUGGCAAUUAUACCCUCAUCUGCACAAGAAAUUUCAUCUCCAACUAGCCUUCCUAAACCAACUCAAUCUAUCCUUGAUAAUCUAAAUGCAAUUCCAACAUGCAUAAAGAAUAUUAUAGAAUGCAUGGCAACUAAAUCAAUUAGUGAAGAUGGUUUAACUCAAGAUCCAACAAAGUGUUGCUCAGUUAUCAAAACUGAAGUAGCAAAUGCAACAUGUUUCUGUAAAUUGGAAGAAGUUUUGAAAAACAUGACUAGUAUUGCCCCUAGUCCUUCUUCUUUUAAUGUGCCCAAAGUGACCUUCUCUCAAGUCGAGCUGGAGUACAAUAAGCUUUUCGAGAAAUGUGAUAUUGACACCACUUUCGAUGAAUUGUGCAACGAUGUUGCAGAUAUGAGUGGUGACAGUAAAAGUGGUGAUAGUAAGAGUAGUAAUAGUAAUACUACUAAUGGUGCUAACAAGAUUGCAUUGGUUGGAUUACUUCCUGGCGCACUCUUCAUUUGGGCGUUUAUGAUGAUGUUUUUAUGAGCGAUCGAAUUUAUUCAUUUGUAACGUUACUUGAGUUGUCGAUACAAGAAUGAUUUUUGUUGCAUUUUGUUUUCUAUGAUUCUUUUUGGCGAAGGCUUGUAUUCCAAGAUCAUUUUUAUUGAAUAAUAAGGCAGUAUGCCCAUCCUAUUUCACACUUU